AUGAUUAAGAACGAGAAAAGAAAAGAAUUUCGGCUUCCAACAACUUUCAAUAAUAAUGAUAUCUUUGGGUGUGGAAUAGUUUAUCCUUCAAGUAAUAAAUUGGAUGAAGAAUUUCCUUAUAUCUUUUUUACUCAAAAUGGACAACAAAUUGGUAAUGGUAUUUUGUUAAAGGGUAUUUCUGAUUCAUUUAAACCUUAUGUUUAUCUAAAAUGUUGUUCAAUUGAAGCUAAUUUUGGUAAUGAUUUGGCAUCAAAACCAUUUAAAUACGACAUCUCAAACCAUUUCAUUCUUAAAGAAUUUAUUAAUUUUAUCUGA